AUGAACGUGCAUUGCGGCCAACCCCUCUCUCUCUCGCUGCUCUCCCUCACCCUCACCUUACUCCUCUCUCCCCUAUCGGAAUCCGCCGUCGACUCCUUCAUCUACGCCGGGUGCUCCCAGCUGAGGUACUCCCCCGGCCCAACCUCCCCCUUUGAAUCCAACCUCGAUUCCAUCCUCACCUCCCUCGUCAACUCAGCCUCCACCGCCCCUUUCAACAACUUCAAGAUCUCCGUCCCCGGCUCCGGCCCAGGGGACGCCGUCUACGGCCUCUACCAGUGCCGCGGAGACCUCUCCGGCUCCGACUGCCGGCGGUGCGUUGCCGCCGCCGUCGCCCGCCUCGCCGCCACCUGCCCCGGGGCCGCCGGCGCCGCCCUGCAGCUCGACGGCUGCCUCGUGCGGUACGACAACUCGUCCUUCGUGGGGCAGGAGGAUCGGGCGGUGGCGUCCGACAGAUGUGGGCCGGCCGUGGCCGCCGGCGGGGACGUGCUCGCGAGGAAGGACGGCGUGCUGACGUACCUGGCGGCGGGGGGGCAGUAUUUCAGGGUGGGGGUGUCGGGGGAGGUGCGGGGUGUGGCGCAGUGCACGGGGGAUCUGAGUGGGGGCGAGUGCCAGGGCUGCGUGGCGGAGGCCAUCCAACGGCUGAGGAACGAGUGCGCGUCCUCGCUGUGGGGGGAUAUGUUUCUUGGAAAGUGCUACGCGCGAAAAUGA